AUGGAGAUCGAUCUUCCCUCAAUCAAAUCGGAGAUAAUUGACCCGAAAUGGGAUCUCCCAAAGCCGAUUCCACAGAAAAAUCAACUCAUUAUCAGUGUUGAAUCGAUUGAACCAACCCCACCAGUGACACCAGAAGAAGUUGAAGAAAAAGAGGAAAAGGAUGAGAUGAAAGAUACGAUUUCUGAGUCGGGAAACUCGAUUCCAUCCAUUGAGGAGAUUACACAAGAAUUUGAAGAGGAAAAGACGAAAAUUGGGAAAGUGAUUGUGAUAACGAGAAUCGAGGAGGAGAUUCGAGAGAAAGUGGCCGAUGUUGAACAACGAAAAGAACCAGAAUCAUCCUCAAAACGAGCGCAUUCAAAGGAUCGCAAAUCGUUGCCAUUAAAGCGACGAAAAGCAUUGGAGAUGAGCGAUUACGAUGGGAAAUGUCAAUGGGCAGAUUGUGGGCAUGGAAGUGAAGGGACAAAUCAGCUAUAUGAUCAUGUGAUCAAUGAACACAUCGUUCCAUUGAGCACUUUCUGUUCGGCGACUCCAUCAACGAGUGGAAUCUCUUCGCAAUCUCGAGAGGGAUCUGUCUCAUCAGAAAUCUCAUUAAAACAAAUUUUGCGAAAGAGACGUUCAUCACCGGUGCAAUGCUCAGAUCAAGGAAUCGAUUCAGAUUCGGAUGAGAUUGAUCCACUUGGAUGUCAAUGGGCUGAUUGCGAAAUGUGCUUGACAAGAGGCGAUUCUGAUAGAAAGUAUCAAUGGCUUCGAGAUCAUUUCCGAACAAGACACGCAAAAGGAGCGCAGACCUACAAGUGCAUUUUGGAGGGAUGUAAUGCCAGAUUUCACACCAAUCGACAGUUAGAAGAUCACGUUCGCCUCACUCACAUUCAACCAGCGAACGCAAAUUCGCAUCGAAAAGAUCGAAAAUCGGGGGAUAUUUGGAAGAAAAUGUUGAAAGAGCUGCCUUCGGAUUUCCCGUUGGGUAAAAAUCCAUACUACUCAUCGUUUCAUCACGCUCAACUCGUUGGCCACGCUCGACGCUUGGAGAAAUGUCGAUCAGGAGUCAUGCUAGAGUUCAAGUCAAAGAAAAGUGCUCAUGGAUCGGCGUGGAGGAAGAUCAAGAUUUUCUCCCAACCUCGACUCUCAAUUGUUUACGAAAAUUCGAGUGUCUUCAAGGUUCCACAAAUGCCGAUUAAAAGCGAAAUGAACGAGGAGAAAGUCGAUGAAAGAAGCCUCUCUUCUGCGGACUUUAAACAAAGACUUUAUGCCUUAAAGCCAUCAGCCGUUCUCCUUUCACUCGACGAUCUCUUCAAUGCC